ACAAAUGGUAAUUAGUUAAGGAAAUUAGUGUUUUAAUUUAUUGAUAAUGGAAAAAAGAAAAACCUCAAAAAUCAAAAAUUUUAAAUGAUAAUUUGGGAAAGAAGAAGAAGAGAUAAAAGAAGCAAAUGAAACAAGGAGAGACACAAUUCAAUGGAGAAUUCGAUCAUUUUACAUUGUCUCUUAUCGAUUCUUCUUAUACCGCUAUUACAAGCACCCGUUGUUGCGGUUCAUAAGCAUUAUAUCGUUUAUUUAGGAUCGUUCGAUGGGGGAGAUCCCAUGCUAGAUGAUCCCAAAAAUGUAACAAGAUCUCACCACGACAUGAUUUCCUCCGUGUCAAAGAGGAACGUCGAUUCUCACGACCUUUCGAAAAAGCUAAUUUAUUCUUACACAAAAAUAUUUAACGCUUUUGCUGCAACUUUGCAAGAGGAGGAGGUUGCGGAACUUGCAAAGCAUCCUAAUGUUAUAUCGAUUUUUGAAAAUCGCGAUGUUAGACGACAAACAACUCAAUCAUGGGAGUUCUUGGGAUCAUUUCAACAUCAAGUUAUCCCUACUAAAGAAUCCAUUUGGGAGAAGGCAAACUUUGGAGAAGACAUGAUUAUAGCAGGAAUUGAUACUGGUGUUUGGCCUGAAUCUAGGAGCUUCUCGGAUGAAGGCCUUAGUGAUUGUAUUCCCAAAAGGUUUAAAGGUGGAUGUUCAAACAAAAAUGACCCAACAUUCAAAUGCAACAGAAAGCUUAUUGGAGCAAGAUACUUCAACAAAGGGUUUGUGGAAGUUCUAACAGCAAACAACUUAACCUUCCAAACUGUGGCGAGCCCUCGUGACAUGGGUGGGCACGGAACGCACACAUUAUCAACCGCCGGUGGAAGUGUUGUCUCGGCACCAGAGGCAAUCUCCAUAACUCAGUUAGGGCUACAAAAUAGCACGGUAAAAGGUGGUGCACCAAAGGCAAGAGUGGUUUCAUAUAAGGUGUUAUGGCCAGAAGCCAUUCCAAAAUUUAGCAAUAUGGGGGAAGGAAAUUUCAUGGAUUGCUUGGCAGCCAUUGAAGCUGCUAUUAUUGAUGGUGUAGAUAUUAUCAAUUUAUCUUUAGGGUUCCUCAUCCAGGAUUCCAUGAAAGGUGGAGAUUUCUAUUUUCAUGAUGCUUUCUCUAUUGCGUCUUUCCAUGCUAUGGCUAACGGCAUCCUGGUGGUUGCCGGGUCCGGAAACGAUGGACCGGCCCCUGGCACCGUAAACCAUGUUGCCCCUUGGAUGCUCACCGUUGGUGCUAGUACUAUUGGGAGAGAGUUUGCAUGCGAUAUCUUAUUAGGCAACCAACAAAAGAUCAGGGCUGCUCGGUUUUUGAAUGGCAAUAAUGACAAUAAAAGCAUAAGUGAUACUUCAUUUUACCCUCUAAUUACCGGUGGAAAUGCCCAUAUCAAUGCUAGUGACUUGACCAGAGCAUCACACUGCAAACCUGGAUCUCUCGAUCCAUUGAAGGCGAAGGGUAAGAUUCUAGUUUGCCUCCUAGAUGAGUGUAGCAACUUAGCAGCACAAAAUGACAUGGGCAAAGAGGCAAUGGCAGCUGGAGCUCUGGGCCUCAUCAUAGCAGACCAUGUUGCUGGAUCUAAACUGCCCUUUGACUUGAUGCAUCCACUCCCUACCGCACACAUUAACUACAAAGACCGUAAAACCAUUCUUUCUUACUUCCACUCUACAAGGGAUCCGAUUGCAUUGAUGACUAAAGCAAGAACAGAGAUGGGGAUAAAACCCGCUCCGUAUAUUCCCUUCUUCUCAUCCAGGGGUCCCAAUAAAAUCACCCCCGAGAUUCUUAAGCCUGAUGUAAUAGCUCCGGGAGUAAGUAUCAUGGCUGCAUAUACAGAAGCUAAAACCGUUCCCCUGCCUGAUAAAUUUCUACCACUGUCCGGGACAUCUAUGUCGACUCCUCAUAUCGUCGGUAUUGCUGCUCUUCUAAUAAAAAUACAUCCUCACUGGAGCACCUCCGCCAUCAAAUCCGCAAUCAUGACUACAGCAAGCUCAGUAGACAGCAAUGGGAAGCCAUUCCUUGUCGAUGACAUGGUGCACGAAGCUACACCAUUUGAUUAUGGUACCGGGCUCGUACAACCCAACCUAGCCAUGGACCCUGGGCUAGUUUACGAUAUGAAUCACUAUGAUCACCUUGCAUUUCUCUGUGCACACCAUUACAACACUACAAUGCUCAAAGUCUUCACCAAAAAACACAACUACAAGUGUCCCGAAUCGUUCAAUCUCUUGGAUUUCAAUUACCCCUCCAUCACUAUUCCCGAGUUUUCCGGCGCAGCAACUGCUACGCGGAAGCUGAAAAACGUUGGAGAUCCGGGCGCCUACACUGCGCGCAUAGAAGCGCCACACGGGAUCUCGGUUGUAGUGGAACCUAAUACCCUGGUGUUCUCUGAAAAAGGUCAAGAGAAAAUGUUUAAACUUAUCUUUUCCGGCGAUGCCCAUCAUCUUCCGACGAAUUAUACUUUCGGGAGUUUGGUGUGGUCAGAUGGGAAGCACAUUGUAAGAAGCCCUAUUGUAUUGAAGGGCAAAGCUUGUGUUGAAAAAACACCAAGUAAUGGUCAUCAUCAGAGUGGAAAUAAUGUUAAGAGGCUAACACAGAACAAUGAUCAGGGUGAAAGUGACAUUUCCCAUAACUAGUUAUUGGUUCGGGUGAUGUAUGAGAUCAUUGUAUGAAAUAUGAAAUAUAAAAUAUGAAAUAUGAAAUUAAGUACUUUUUGAAUUAA